CGGGAGAGACGAAGUAGUUUCUAGGCUUUUCUUCUAGCACUUUAAACCGCCGGCUUUGCUUGUACAACUGUCAGAUUAUUCAGCCAUACAGUAGCGGAUAUCAUCUGUAUAAACUUCACUUUUAAUAAUGCCUCGGGGCGGGAAAAAGGGCCACAAGGGCAGAGGGAAGCAAUUCAGCAACCCCGAGGAGAUUGACCGACAGAUGAAAGCGCAGAGAGAGUUGGAAGAAAAUGCUGGUGCAGAGAAAGGGAGCGCUUCAGAGUCUGAAGAGGAGAGCAGCAGUGACGACGAAUCUGAGUCCAAGAAAAGGAGUGGAGUGGAGGGGCUUAUAGAGAUUGAGAAUCCCAACCGUGUGUCUCAGAAGAGCAAGAAGGUGACUGAGGUAGACGUCACUGCUCCCAGAGAGCUGUCUCGCAGGGAGAGAGAGGAGAUAGAGAAGCAGAAAUCAAAGGAACGCUACAUGAAGCUCCAUCUUGAGGGGAAGACUGACCAGGCCAGGGCCGACCUGGCCAGACUGGCCAUCAUCAAGAAACAGAGGGAGGAAGCUGCCAAGAAGAGAGACGAACUCAGGAAAGAAGCCGAAGAAGCCAAAGCAAAGCGCUAGUCCAUCUGCAAGCUUCGACAUGCACUUCAGUCUCAGAGGGAUGGAGAGAGAAGGAGAUCUGGAGGAGGAGAACGGGGAGGGGACCAAUUCGAGUGGCAUCAGAUCAGGGGCGCUCCUGAACUCCCGUCCCUCAUUUCAAACAGAGGGGCGUGGGUCUUCCAUGACAAGUGUGGUCAGGACAGGGAAAACGGGUCGAGCAAAGCGAGAUGAAGAGGAAUGCAGCAUUUGGGAUGCCUCUAGUUUUCUUUAAAAGUCCUUAAGAGGAGACAAUCGCAGGUUUUCCAAGUGCUUCACGGCCUCUUUACUCUCCCCCACCCACCAUGGUUUUAAUUCUAAAGCUGCUGAAGUUAUUGACAUUUCUUUUGAUUCAUACAUCUUUACAAGCUUACCUAAUGCAAGUUUACUUAAUGACUGGACAGAUAUUAUAGUGAGCGUGUAUGAGGAUUUCUUUGGUGCUUUACUUUUCCUUCUAUCUCGCCUGUUUUGUACAGUAAAAAGGCAAAUCAGUGACAGAUGGAGAAAAGAACACUAUUCAGAGGAUAAACAGAUAUAUAGGAAUUAUACAAUGUAGUUAGCAUUUGUGGAUAUGUUGCACAAGACAUUGGUAUAAUUUUCUAAAGAUUUGAGUUGUUUUUUUGUUUUUUUUCACCAUCCAAACAUGACUCGAAUAUUCAGCUUUUUUUUUUUUUUGGGUCCCAUUGUUAGUUUUGCCUUGUUUUGAGCCCCUUUUUUUCAAUUUACAGUUGGAAGAGCUGUCCUCCUAACACAACACGUCUAGAAGGUAGACAUUUAGUUUCUUUUGCUUUUUCAUGGAACUUUUCCCCCAAAUUUACACUUCCUCACUUGAAUCACCUUAUUGCUGUCAGUUCAAAAGUGUUUCAAAAUGUGUUUUGUACUCAUUUGCUCAAAGCACCAGGAAUAUUACUUGAAUUGCCUAUAAUAAGCAUUUUUAAGUUGUUAAUCGUCAGUGCUGGAAAGCAUUGUCUCAAACUGCCUCAGUAACUGUGGCCUUGCCCUGUUUCUGAUGGGAUCUUCUGUGGUUCUAUAGGAAGGAUUGUGUCUUUUGUUGCCUUUUCAAAGUUUACACGAGACCAGUUCACUGUCUUUCUCCUGUAAUCAAAGUGCUACAAGGAACCUACACUGAGUUAGUUUAUUAGAUACACUUACACAGGUGUACACAAUAGUCAGUACUCAGUAUGUGGGGGAUUUGGAAAUGCCUUGAUCAGGAAAACAGUAUUCCCUAUAAUAUGGAAGUAGCUUCGAACAAACAAACAACAAAACCACAUGUGAGAAAUGUAGCCACAGAGUAAAAAUGAAUUCCUCGUUUUCCAUCAUGUAUUUGAAGUCAUUUUAAAAAAAAUAAAUUCAUUAAUAGAUAAA